AUGAAGGAAGACAAAGAGAAGCACACUUCUUCGCUUUCCAUGGACGCUUCUCGUCUCUGCAACUCCAUCACCCUGCAGAUGAGUGCAGCGUCGUCCGCCGGGAGGCGUUCCAACAGCAGCAGCUUCACGUGCAGAGCUCAUCAGGCGAGGAUGGGAAGGCCUGCAGCAGCCAAUUUCUACCAAGUCCUCGCGCUCGAACCGGAGAACGCCGGGGCUGAUGCCGUCAAGAGAGCAUACCGAAGCCUGGCGCUUCGCCACCACCCUGAUGUCUGCCCACCGUCGGGGAAGGAGGAGGCGACGAGGACGUUCGUCGAGAUCCAGAGGGCUUACGAGAUCCUCUCCGAUCCAGUUCUACGUGAGGAGUAUGAUCAUCAGUUGGGGUUGGUUGGUUCAGCUAAGCAAAGAGACCAAAGAGACGAAGAACGAAGAAGAGUGUAUCCUAAAGAAGUGUGGAUGGAGCAGCUCAGGGAGCUCAAAUCUAGGUCAAUGAGUCGCAUGGGAAAGAAGAAACUGGAGUGCCUGUAA